AUGUCCGCCUCUCUGCCGGGUUCGCGAGACUUGCCGUCGUCGCAGUAUGACUUGUCGACGUACUAUGGCCGGGUGAGGCACACUAUGAGCAUCACGGAUCCUAGCACCCUGUUGGCUGGCUCGCGUGGCCUCGAAGAAGCCAAAAGACUGGUGACGGAGUAUAAGACGGGGAAGCUGCAGCACAUGACGCCGGAGCUAUGGAAAGCAAAAAAGAUUGUGGACUCGACUCUUCACCCAGACACCGGAGAACCAGUCUUUCUGCCUUUCCGAAUGUCAUGCUUCGUCCUUUCGAACCUAAUUGUCACGGCCGGCAUGCUGCAGCCCGGCCUUGGAACAGCAGGCACCGUCGCGUGGCAGAUUGCCAACCAGUCGCUCAACGUCGCCAUCAACAGCUCGAAUGCAAACAAGUCCUCCCCGAUGACGACCGAGACGCUUGCCAAAUCGUACGGUAUCGCCGUCACGGCUUCGUGCUCGGUGGCUUUGGGACUCAACGCAUUGGUGCCGAGGUUGAAGGUGUCUCCCAGCACGAGGAACGUCCUGAGCAGACUGGUGCCGUUUGCCGCCGUGGCUACUGCCGGAGCUCUCAACGCAUACCUGAUGCGACGAGGAGAAAUCGUGACGGGCAUCGACGUCCGCCCCGUCCUCUCCGAGGAGGAGAAGAAGAAGCUGACCGAGGAGGGUAAAUCCGAGGCCGACGUCCCCUCGCUGGGCCGGAGUCGCAAGGCGGCCAAGAUUGCCGUCUACGAAACCGCUGCCAGCCGAGUCAUCAACAACACCCCGAUCAUGAUCAUCCCGGCUAUGACGCUCUAUCACAUCCAGUACAAGCAGGCGUGGUACAAGAACCUGAUGGAGAAGGAGUGGCUCAAGGCCCGGCCGCGUCUCGCCCAGACCAUCCCCAUCGGCAUCAACCUAGGCCUGAUUGCGGCGGUCGGCUUCGUUGCUCUGCCUUUGGCACUGGCGGUAUUCCCCCAGAAGCAGGAGAUUAGCGCUGAUAGCCUGGAGCCGGAGUUCCAUGGCAAGGGCGGCAACGGGGGGAAAGUCUGGUUCAACCGCGGUCUGUAG